AACGCUUAUCAGUUGUCAGUAAAGAGACACAUUCCUAUUAGGACUCUCCAACAUGUUAUUGUUUUAAACCCCAAAAUAUUUUUGCUUCUCUUCAAAUCUAUCAUUCCCAAUUUUCUCUCCCACACGCUUCCACUCUCCUCGCCGGAUCUCCCUCCAUGCACACCUUUCCGUUCCCUUCAAUCUAGCUCCUUUGCUUUACUCGCCUCCCGAGAGCAUUCCUCUCAAACCUCCCGCCUAGCUCUUGCUUUCCUCAGAUCUACUUCACUUCAAAACUGUUUCUUGUCUCAGUCUAAUUACUACCCAUAUUGCUUCUCAGAUCCAGGAAUUUGAAUUCCGUUCCUUCACGUAUUCACCGACGAUUUUCGAAUGGCGAAAGUCGCAAAAUUCUGUCUCGCUCUGCUUCUGGCGUUUGCCUUGUUGUGUUUCUCCGUAUACGGACAAUCCCCGGAGAGUUCACCCAGUCCGGCGCCCGAACUCGGUGCAGACGUGCCUUCACCACAGGCUCCGGCGCCAAGCGUCGUCCCUCAGGCGAAUCCGCCGUCGAAUUGGUCUCCCCCGGGACCUUCUCCGGUAGAUCCCGCUCCAGCAUCCUCUCCUACACCAUCACAAUCCAAAUCUCCUGCACCGACGCCGUCACCAUCCAAUGCUGAUGUCCUCGAUCACGUCGAGGCCGCCACCGGGGAAGACGAAGCCAAAGACUCUUCCGGCGGAACGAGCAGUGGUAAGAAGGCCGGGAUCAUAGUCGGAGUGGUAGUAGCGGCUGGGGUAGUCGUACUGGCUGGGUUUGUCUACAAGAAGCGCCGGGACAACAUUCGGCGAAGCCAGUACGGGUACGCGGCGAGGAGAGAGAUCCUGUGAAAAAGGCCCCGAAACCAAACUCCCGAGCAGCAGAGCUCAGAGCUGUGGACGUUUCGUUCCUACCCCACAAUUCGAAGAAAGAAAUGAGCCCCACCUUCACAUGUGAGACAUACAAAUGGAGUCAUCUGUUUUUUUAUGGAAGCCAACCCCAUGCAAAACUUGUGUGUACAAGUCGCGACAGAUGUCUUCUAUUCAAGGUUGAUCAAGAUGUGACAGAAGUUAAAAGUAAGUUAACAUGUCAAUAUGAAAUUAGACACAUUACCUUCUUGUGAAGCACUAUAACAAUUUAUAUACCAUAUGGAGUAACUAUUAGAUAGUCUCAAAGUACAUAUGGUAUUUCAAUUACAUCACAAGACAUCGUGUCAUUAAAAAUAUAUAUUAAGUUAUUAACAUAAAUAAUUUUAUUUACAUGACAUUAUAUAAUAAAAUGAAAUUACCAUGCCAUGCA